AUGCGCAGCAACCACUGCACAGUAGCAUCUUGUGUAGAUGUGGCCUUGGUGUCACAAGCUCAGAGUGCUUCUCAACUUCCUUAUGGUAAAGCCCUCUACACCUAUGAGGGGAAAGAAGCCGGUGACCUCAAGUUUAACAAAGGGGACAUUAUCAUUCUGCGACGAAAGGUGGAUGAAAAUUGGUAUCAUGGGGAGCUCAACGGAAACCAUGGCUUCUUUCCAGCCAGCUACAUUCAGUGUAUCAAGCCCCUUCCACAAGCUCCACCUCAGGGCAAAGCACUUUAUGAUUUUGAAAUAAAGGAUAAAGAUCAAGACAAAGACUGUUUGACCUUUACCAAGGAUGAAAUUUUGACUGUCAUCAGGAGAGUAGAUGAUAACUGGGCAGAAGGAAUGCUAGGAGACAAAAUUGGCAUUUUCCCCAUCCUCUAUGUUGAGCUCAAUGAAUCGGCUAAGCAGCUUAUUGAGAUGGACAAGACGUGUUUAGCUGCAGCAUCUGGUUGUGAUGUCCCCUUGCCAUCUGACACCAGCACAGCUGUAAAUUUGACCCAGUGCUCUACUUUAAACAAUACUGGAGCAGUCAGUGCCAUCCAGCGGCAUAUUGACGGCAAGAAGAAUGCCAAGAAGCGCCACUCUUUCACAGCUCUCAGCAUGACACACAAGUCCUCCCAGGCCCUGAAUAACAGGCACUCCAUGGAAAUCAGCGCUCCUGUCUUGAUCAGCUCUAGUGAUCCUCGUGCUGCUGCCAGAAUUGGAGACUUGACUCAUCUUUCAUCCAGUGCUCCAGCCCAGGAUUCCUCUUCAAUUGGAACAGCUACAAUGGCUGGACCCAGAGCAAGUGCAAUAAUUGGAGAUCAGGGAACACCGCCAAAGGUCCAGCUCCCCCUCAAUAUCUACUUAGCUCUGUAUGCAUACAAGCCUCAGAAGAAUGACGAGCUGGAGCUCCGUAAAGGCGAAAUGUAUCGGGUCAUAGAGAAGUGUCAGGAUGGCUGGUUCAAGGGGACGUCUCUGAGGACUGGGAUGUCUGGAGUCUUUCCAGGCAACUAUGUGACUCCAGUUUCCAGAGUGCCUGCAGGAGCUAGCCAACCCAGGAACAGUAUAGCAGGAGGGUCUCAGGCACCAAAAGGAAACCCAGGAGCUAUUCAUUCAGGAGGUGCAAGUCUUACAAACACAGCCACUGCUGUCAGACCAGUUGUUCCAAUCACUGCACCUCAGACUCAUCCUCAGCUACAGACAGCCUCUCCUCAGACAAAUAACUGUUUGAGGUAUUCAGCUCAGCCAACAGCCGGCCAGCCUCGCAAUGCCAUGCAGAUGGCACAUCCAUCUGUUCAGGCUCAGGAGAGGCCCACAGCAACAGUUUCCCCGCUGAGAACCCAGAGCUCUCCAUCCCGUCUCCCAGGCACUGUGGUUCGGCCACACACCAUGGUUUCUCCACAGCACAUCCACCAGUCCCCUAUCCAAGUCAUUCCUGGAGCACAGUGUGCCCGACCCAUCAUUCCCCUCACUUCGGCAGCAGCUGCCAUUACUCCUCCAAACGUGAGUGCAGCCAAUCUGAACGGGGAGGCAGGAACCGGGCCAAUCAGCAGCCUGGUAACUUCUAGCCCAACCAACAGUUCCUGUAAAGCCGAAGAGAGGAAAAAUGAAAAGAAAGAGAAAAAGAGUGGAUUGUUGAAGCUUCUAGCAGGAGCAUCGACAAAAAAGAAAUCACGUUCCCCACCUUCAGUGUCUCCAACACAUGACCCGCAGGGAGUGGUCGAAGGGGCUCUGCAAGGGGCAGUGGGGCCUGAACUCUCCUCCCUCUCCAGCCAUGGCCGGGCAGGAUCGUGCCCAAUAGAAAGUGAAAUGCAAGGAGCCAUGGGGUUGGAGCCCCUGCACAGGAAAACAGGCUCCUUGGAUUUGAAUUUUUCUAUCCCUUCUCCUGCUAGACAGCCGCCAUCUUCAAUGGCAGCCAUCCGUCCAGAGCCCAAGCCAUUGCCCCGGGAAAGGUAUCGUGUUGUGGUACCAUACCCACCUCAAAGCGAAGCAGAAAUUGAACUGAAAGAAGGUGACAUUGUGUUUGUGCACAAGAAAAGAGAGGACGGCUGGUAUAAAGGGACAUUACAGCGAAAUGGCAGGACGGGCCUCUUCCCCGGAAGCUUUGUAGAGAGCUUCUGAGGACACGCUUUUACUCAUUGCCACUCUCUGAACUGAAGGCUUUUUCAGGGGAAAUUCCAUAGCACAAAAAGAGACAGCCAAGGGAGACCUGACUGAUAUCCACUGCCAUUUCUAUUUCCAAAGACUCCCCAGCCGUCCCAUCUACAGCUCUGGAGGCACAGUACUCUGCUGUGCUUCCAAAACCGUAUCUGGUGCAUACAGUGGUAUGUUGAAGUAGUGCCUUCCACCUGGAAUUACAGACUGAGAGGAUGCACAUUUGGACUGUAUCUAACCUGAACUCUACCUGUUCCCCUUUGUGUAAAUUAUAGAGAAAAUAUCUUUAAAAAAAGAGAAAAAAGUGAAAGUUGUUUUAUUGCUGUAACUUAUUUGUCAGAGCUGCAGUGUUCUUAUUACUGGCCUAUGCAAGAUGGAUUUGAAAGUUUAAGGAGGGGUGGUAGGAAGCUCAUGGAACUGGGAUUUUAUUUUUCCAGGAGAGAUGAGGGAAAGUACAGAAAACCCAGCUAAAGAAUUGGGCAGUAUCCUGCAAGGAAGAAUGAGGAGUCCAAAACAUUAGUGUCAUGCUGUUGAUAUACCUCAAAAAUGUGUUGCAUAAAAGCGUCAGUCAGGAAGUGUGUUAGUGACUAGAGUUUCAUAGCAUCUGAAGCACCAGUGACAUGUACAGGUGGAGCCUGAGGCAGUAUGGCUCCACCAUUCAAUUGUGGUUCUCUGAGCAGAAUCCCUUUUACCUAUCUUCUGCCUUUAUUAUAUGCAGCAUGGUUAUUUGUCCUUCAGUAUCACUUCCAAUUGCUUUUUUUUGUACGGCAUACUUUUUACUGUAAGAAUUGUUAUCCUUUAUAUCUGUGUAUAUUCCUAAUAGAGCAGACAUUUUCUCUUUUUCAUAACAUCUGGUGCUACUUUUUUUAUUAGGAAAAGUUUGGUUUGGCUCAAUGGCGAGGCUGCAGCAGGUUUCACAUUUGACAUAGGAAUCUGAAAUGCAUCUAAAGCACGUUUCAGCAAGUUCAAAGUGUUUGCUAGCGUUACGUAAAGCAAGAGAGAAAAUCAGGUUCGGCAGCAAUGGGCAUAUACUUCACUGUGUGUAACACGCUUCCUCUCACAGAUGUAGUUUCUAAAGCACAAUACUCUGUCUAGACAGUGCUAAGUAUUCAAGAAUUGGGAGCAUUUCCAGGAGGAGUAAUUUUAAUUGACUUUUAAGGCAAUAAAAAGAACACUGCAGAUUCCAGCAAGCACAGGAAUAGUGGAAUUUUCCUCUGUCAUUGCAUCACAGAGAUGAGAGCUGAGCUGAAAAGGCUGUAAUGAUCAUGAUCAAAGUGUGAUUUCUUACUGUAGAAAUGUACAGUUCUUGAUGCUGUUCAGUUUCCAAACCUGGUGAAGCUACAAUACAAAAUAAAUCAGGCAAUAUAAGCUUCCAUCCUACCAGGGACUUCAAAGUGCAAUAAAUAUAAAGCAAGUUUAUCCUGUUAUUCAUAUUAAGCAAGAAGAGAAAAAAAUCCAGAAAUGUAAUUAUGAGAGUAUUUUUAAAAAAUCAAUUAUGCAUAAACCAAGUUAUGAUAAAGGAAUAUUCUUAACUCUGGCAGUAUCUUGCCUUUCACAAGUGGCAAGCUGAUUGCCAAGGCCAACAAGCACAAGUUAGGGAGGAAGUUCUCUGGACAUGAUCUUAUUAAAAUAGAUAAUUGACAGCCUUUUCUUACCAGUAUUUCACAUGAGGAAGAUGUCUUUUGUUGUUUUUCAAGAUGUGUAUACUAGCACAUAUCACAGUAUGUCUAAAUGAACGUUCAUGUUUAAGUUCCAUUCUGUGACUCUGUUCUCCAGUAAAAUUAAGUUCCUUUUGCUGUCAUAUGUAAUGAACAGAUUCCAGAAACACAGUCUGUGGCUAAGUGUAGCACCUUCAGAACAUGGAGACAUUUUCAAUUUUCUUUUUUCUUUUUUUUUCUUUUUUUUUGGGGGGGGGGCGGGGUUGGGGGGAAGGGAGGCAUAAUUUUCCCCCCCAUUUUUAACAUUAUAUCAUUUGUUAAUAGUCCCAGUUAUAGAAAAUCAGCCGCUAAAAUGUUUGACUAUUGUUGGGAGAAGGUUGCCUUUUUGUAACCAAUAGAAGAUUAACAAUUUUUGUUCUGCCAAAGACUGACUUAAGAACAAAGAACUAUCUGACCAGUUAUUUGGUCCAAAUCAGUGUUGCACAAGACACUAGAGAGUUAGCAAGCUAGCCACGUCAAAAAUGUGUUCUGUAAAGUCUCUGGGUGAAUACUGUCAGAAGGAGAGAGAUUUUUGCUGAAACUAUAAUGAUUAAAUCCAUGUUCAAAUCUGGUUCCAAGACUGCAUUUACUAUGCUCAGAAAAAUGAAACAGGAAGAUGCCUUGGUUACUGCAUAUUGUAUUCAGCCAGCUCUAAAAUACUUCCAGAUUUCCACCUUCUAAUGCUUAAAUUGUAUGGCACAAAAGCUAGUAUGCAGGGAAAUAAAGGACUCAUGUCUGUGUCAUGAAAUCAGUGUUUCUAAAUGUAUUUUGGAGUGAGGACAAUAAUGAUGAUAAAAAUAGAUAAUAAGAGUUAAAAUAUUCCUUUUGGUCAUACCUCCUCCAAGAAAUAUUUUUUCCGUGUUUAAAAGUUUGGAAACCAGCUGUUUCUCACCCCUGUUUAUUGCUUAUUAUAACAGUUUGGGUUAUUGAGUAAUCUUCGUGGUCAAAUCAGUUCCAUGCCAGGAGUACGAGUGCAGAACAUCAGACUGAUCAGCAUUAAAGAAAGUGACCCAGUGCCAUGACUCUGGAAGAGGAUUGACUCCUACUGUGGUCCAUUUUCUAACUACAUACAAAGGAAAGAGAGAAGGAAGUAGGGGAGUGUGAGUACAUUUCCUGCAAAAAAAAGCAAAAGAAUCCCUCUGGCAGCCCCAUUUUGUAUAAUGCCAGGGUCGCUAUUCUAGAAAUGGGUUCAGCUAAUUGAACAGUUCCUUCGUACUUUGCACAGCUCAGAAAGUGGUUUUGUGAUACAUGAAUGUUAACGUGAUUUAGGAAAUGUUGGCGCUUAUGAGUACAAAUGAAUUACAAUGACUGUGUUUCUGAUUCUUUAAAUAAAAUAAAUAUCAAGGUAACUUGA